UUGCAAGGCGAUAAGAAAUAUGUGUACAGAAAUCCAUCCCAGGCACAGCUAUAAUCUUCCCGGUUCCAAUCCAAUCUACUCCUUAGACCUCAUCAUCAUAAACCCCCUCCAGAGAACAAGAAUCAAAGAAUGGCAACUAUGACUGGUGUGAGCCUUUCAAGCCCCAGGGUUUUCUUCAACGCAUCAGCCUCACCGCAAAACACGUACGCCGUAAAGUUCGCAGUUCCACUCAGCCAAGGGAUGCGACUUGGUAGUGUCAGGUUGGGUCGGGUGAUGAGGAUCCGACCCGUUCGCGCAGCUCCAGAGCGCAUUUCGGAGAAGGUGGAGGAGAGCAUAAAGAACGCGCAGGAGGCGUGCGCCGGCGACCCGACGAGCGGCGAGUGCGUGGCGGCGUGGGACGAGGUGGAGGAGCUGAGCGCGGCGGCGAGCCACGCCAAAUACAAGCAAAAGGAAAAGGACUCCGACCCGCUCGAGACCUACUGCAAGGACAAUCCGGAGACCAUUGAGUGCAAAACUUUCGAAGACUGAGAAAGCGCUUCUUACGUGCAUGAUGAUCUCCACAUGUCUGUCUGUCAACUAAAACACUAUUGCGUUUCAUGAUAUAUCAAAUUGUGAACAUGCUAUGUGUUAAUGUUUCUUUAAAGCAUAAUCCAUAGCCCCUUAUGUUUAAUCAAACCAAAAUUAUGCCCUAGUUUUUUUUUUUUUGUGAAUGCUAAAUCAAAUUAAGGAAACAAAUAUCGAUUGCUUGAAAGUGUAGAUCUUUACAGGUGCACCGUGCACCGCGAUUACUGCACUUUUGCGGCAUCUGUUCUUUAUUAUUCAAUUGUUUUGUAAUGAAAAACUAGUAGUAUUUGCUAAUAUGUUGGUUUCUUUGUUGCGUAAACAUCGCAGCUGUUACUUGCAAGUUGCAAGUAAUAAUUAUUGGAUCUUCAUGGUAAGAAUUUUAA